AUGAGCAGAAGGAAGGUCCAGAAGGGUCAAAAAGGACAAACACACGGGGAGAGCAGCUGCAGCAGCAGCAGCGACGCGAGCAGCAGAGCAGCAGCAGCAACAGCAGCAGCUGCAGCAGCAGCAGCAGCAGCAGCAGCCGCAGCAGCGGCCCCCGUCAGCAGCAGCAGCAGCCGCAACAGCGGCCUCCGUCAGCAGCAGCAGCCGCCGCAAGAGCGGCCUCCGUCAGCAGCAGCAGCAGCUGCAGCAGCGGCAGCUGCAGCAGCAGCAGCACGAGAAGCUGCGCACGUCGAUUUUCACAGGGGAAGAAGCAGCAGCAGCGGCUUCAGAAGCAGCAGCCGCGAGAGCAGCAGCAGCAGCAGCAGCAGCAGCAAGAUGUCGUCUGCAGCUGUUUUGGUCGCUUCAAAAGCAGCAGCAGCAAUUUUGUUUUUUGCUGCUGCUCUCACUGGUGCAGCAGUUCCUUUGGUGCUUGACAGGUGCAAAAUAGGCAAAAACAUUUCCUACUUAAAUGCCUUCGCCGCAGGUGCGUUUUUGGCGCUGGGGGUUUUGCACAUAAUGCCCGAGGCGGUGGAGCUGCUGGACGAGCUUGAGGUGUACAUACACCUCAACUCCAAACCCUACCCCGCCACUUUCUGUUUGGUCUUCGUCGGAUAUUUAAUUAUUCUUUUUUGCGAAGGAGUUCUCUGCGGAGACAGUUUUAGCCACGACGAGGCCCACGAGGGCAGUCGAAAGGAAGGCAAAGAGAGCAGCACCAACAGCAGCAAUGCUUCUGAUGAACAAGACGUCGAUUACUCGCACCCUGAGGGGUGCUGCAUCGAGCUGCAGAUGGGGGACGUUUGCAAGUCGGAGGGAGCAGCAGCAGCAGCAGCAGCAGCAGCAAAAGGUUCAGAAGUGGCCAAAAUGAACAAAAUAAAUGAAUUAAAUGAAUUAAAGCAAUUAAAUGAAUUAAAUCAAAUCAACAGCAGCAGCAAAACUCCCGACAGCAGCAGCAGCAGCAGAUUCGACUCCACCGCUUUCUUCCUCAUGGCCGCCCUUGCCAUCCACGGCCUCUUCGAAGGAGUGCUGGUGGGGGCCGCUCUGGAGGUUUCGACUUUGUGGCUGACAGCAGCAGUUGUGGUGGGCCACAAGUGGGCCGAGGCCAUGCUGCUGAUGUGCCACUUCACCGAAAGAAACGCAUCGAAGAAGACGGUGUGUUUGCUGCUGCUGUCGUUUGCUGCUUCUUCUCCCUUGGGGGUUUUGCUGGGGGCCUUUUUAGCAGCAGAAAGCAAAAUGGCUGCGGGGGUUUGCAACGCCUUGGGCGCCGGCACAGUUCUGUACAUUGCUUCCGAAAUAUCCGCGUCGGCGUUCAGCGGCUGCAUGCGCGGAAGGGCUUUGCAGUUUUUGAUUUACUGCAGCGGCGCUGCUUUGGUGUUGGCUUUGACGCUGCUGGACGUGGCUUUUGGGCAAGGAAGUCGCUUUGCUGCUGUCAACAGCAGCUCCGCCAGCCUGCUGUACCCACAGCAGCAGCAGCAGCAGCAGCGGCAGCAGCAGCAGGCGCGGCAAAUGCUGAAGCAGCAGCAACAACAGCAGCAGCAGGAACAAGUGCAGCAGCAGCGGCAAAAACAAGUGCAGCAGCAGCAGCAGCACUCCGCGCAGCAGCAGCAGCAGCACCAGGCGCAGCAGCACCUGCUGCUUGUUUAG